CAUUACCCAGUAACAGGCACAAGUCCUGUUAGGGUCACAUGGCUCAUCUGGGCCACUUUCCUGCCUGUCAGAGUGGAUCCUUUUUAGUCUCACAUAUGUGGGGUAUACUGGGUCUGAAAAGAGCCAGGAUUACAGGUGAGUGGCUUUGAAAUUCCAAAUUUGUUCUGUUAUCCAUGACAGAUACAGUAUAGUAGACAAUAACAAAGAUGCAGAUAGUUUCACCUUCAGAACUGACACAUCUGCUCUCUUCACCGUAUCCACAAAAAUAAUCCAGAUGUUUUCUUCCAGCCCUAAGCCUUUGUAGUUCAGGCUCAGAUGCGUACUUCAUUGAAGCUUGCUAAGCUGAAGCCAUCAGUGUUUGCAGACUUCCGUGCCUGUCAGAACUUGCUCAUUUGGAAGAUGUUGAAUAGAGCUCCAACUGGGGAGAAGUGAAGAAUGUGGUCUUAGGACAGGAAACUUUUCAGAGCCUGGAUGUUCGUGGGAGGCCCUGUGGCAGAGGAGGGAGCGCACUGGAAUUCUAAGGCAUGUGUUUCCGGUCUUGACUGCGCCUUGAUAGCUGGGUCCAAAAAGUUGGCAGCUCUUGCAGAAGCCUUAAAGGAAGUGCCCCUGACAAAGGCCCAGCUGGGACUAGACCUGGAAGAACUGGAAGCCGCAGCACUUCUUGUGCAGGAGGAAGAAACAGUGUUAAAAGCAGCCCGGUCCAUUUCCAGGCAGCAGACGCCUUCCUCCAGUCCUGAGACAAGUGAUUCCGAGGAAUCAGACAGCACCACGUCCUCUGAGACUGAAGGCUCUGACUCAGAACGAGGGGAGCUCACAGGGAGUGAAUCUGAGACAGCAGAUCCCCUGCGAGGCCCCUCUCUGGAGGGAAGCAGCACCCUUAUUGUCGACGGUGGGGUGUGCAGAAACUCAGCCACCGUGACAUCGAAUGGAAGUCCCAGGAAGCCGCAUUCCUCCUCCCAGGCCCUUGGAGGGUCCGGGCCACUGAUAGAGGAGCUUGGAGAGCACCUGAACUCGACCGUUCAAGUUUCUGAACCCGAGGACUCGGCUACUGGAAGCCACAGCAGCGUGCGGGCCAGAGAUGACCAGCAAACACCAAGUGAUUGACUCCAAGUGGUCUUCCCCACCAUUGAGAAUUACGUCAGAUUUGGUUUCCUUUACUGAAGGAUAAUUCUUCAUUUUCACUUUGUCCUUUUUCUUAGUGUAUACAACACUGUUUUUCAAUGAGCUGAUGUUGUUACCUGUUGGUUUCCUUGGUACAACUUUAAAAAUAAAGUUUUAAAGUAUUUUUGCCAAAGUGUAAUUAAUAUUGAAGAUGAAAUAACAGUUCGGCCAGAAUCUCUAGAAUGUAGAGCUCAUUAACAUGGUUUUCUUCAAGAUUUUAUUUUUAAGUAACCUCUACACCCAACGUGGGGCUCGAACUCACAACCCUGAGAUCAAAAGUCACAAGCUCUACCAGCCAGCCAGGUGCUCCCAUAUUUUUAGUAGCCUCACCAAGGUAUACUUGACAUACAAUAAACUGCAUGUACUUAAAGUGUACAGUGUGGUAAGUGUUGACAUAUGUAUGCACGAAAUGAAAUGAUCACGGCAGCCAAGAUUCUGUACUUACCCAUCAUUCCCAAGUGUCCUCGUCCCCCUUCAUUUCCCCUCUCCCCUACCCCCACAUACCACACACCCCUCUGUUCCCCAGCAAGCACUGAUUUGCUCUGACACUGAACAUUAGUUUGCGUCUCCUAGGAUUUAAUGUAAAUUGAAUUUAUAGUAAUAUGUACUCUUGUAAAAAUUAGGCUUAUUUCACUCACUAUAAUUAUUUUCAGAUUUGUCGAUGUAGCAUGUAUUCAAGAGGGCAUUUUUAAAAAGGUUUUUGUUUUUUCCCCAAUCUGAGUAGUAUUUCAUUGAAUAGAUUUUUCCAUUCACCUACUGAUGGACAUUUGGGUUGUUUCCAGCUUUUGGCUGUUACAAAUAAAGCU